GACUAUGAAGGGUUUCUGUGUUCUCUGCUGUUGCCUGUAGAAUCUCGAACCUCUGCUUUUGCCUUGAGAGCCUUCAAUGUGGAACUGGCUCAGGCAGAUUAAAGACUCCAUAACUCAGAAGACUACAGGUUUGAUGCGAAUGCAGUUCUGGAGGGAGGCUGUGGAAGAUAUAUACUGCGAUAACCCACCACAUCAGCCAGUUGCUGCAGAACUGUGGAGGGCUGUCAAGAGGCAUAACUUGACUAAAAUGUGGUUCAUGAAGAUCAUUGAUGAAAGAGAGAAGAAUUUGGAUGAUAGAGCGUACCGUAACAUCCAGGAGCUUGAAACAUAUUCUGAGAACACUCAGAGUGCUCUCUUGUACCUCACCUUGGAAAUGCUGGGUGUGAGGGACAUCCAUGCUGACCAUGCAGCCAGUCACAUUGGGAAAGCGCAAGGCAUAGUUACCUGUUUAAGAGCAACUCCGUAUCACAGUACAAGACAAAAGGUCUUUCUUCCCAUGGACAUUUGUAUGUUGCAUGGAGUUUCACAAGAGGAUUUCAUAAGAGGCAAGCAAGAGAAAAAUGUGAGAGAUGUAAUUUAUGACAUUGCCAGCCAGGCCCAUAUUCAUCUAGAAGAUGCUAGAUCUUUCAGUAAGAAAGUUCCUGUGAAGGCAUAUCCUGCUUUUUUCUGUACGGUUGCUUUAGAUGAUUAUUUAUGCAAUAUGCGAAAAGUGGACUUCAAUAUAUUUCAUCCAAGCUUACAAAAGAAGAGUACGUUAUUACCAUUGCAUUUAUAUAUUAGAUCUUGGAAAAAAACAUAUUAAUUUUUUUUAAUAUGGGUUCAGAGUGCUGAGUUUUUUCUUUAACGUCUUAACUUGAUAGAAUUGUUAAGAGUCUGACUUCACACUUCUGCAAACUGUAGUUCAUGGGAAGCAGCAGAUGCGCAUGAACUGUAGCUGUCAGCUUGCUGGCAGCAGUUGAGUUUGUUCUUGGAAUAUUAGGCUGAUAUCUCUGCUGCACAUGUCUGCCAAGUCGUAUGUCCUUGUCUGAGAUUGCUUUUCUUGUCUUUCCUGUAAUAACAGCAAUAUGAUAGAAUUCUUCUUGGACAAAUUCUUUGCUAAUGGAUACUCCUGACAAUUCUGACACUUUAC